AUGGAGGAAUAUUUAAUAGGUGAUUCAGGGUCUGAUAAGAUCUUGAAUUCACUGAGUAGAACGACUCAACCUAUUCAAUUCUUGGAUGACUUUCAGAAACAAUAUGUUCAACCAGCUUUAAAGUUAUUAGAUUUACACCAAAUCGGUAGAAGUAAUCUAUACUCUCAAUUACUUUCAUUUCUAAGUGAUGAUUUAUUGGUUAGAGUUAAAUCAAUGCAUCCUAAUGAAAUGGAAGCAUUAUUAGAUCAAUCAUUUCCAUAUAUUAGUUUUGAUGAAUUAAAGGGUAUACCUAUGAACGUUAUGAAGUUAAUGCCUGAAGUACCUUAUAGAUUCUUAAAGAAAUUAUCCGAAACUCCUGAAUUAUAUGAACAAUGUCCAAUCGAAGUUAAAAGACAAAUAUGGUUAAUUAAUGAAACAUUAUUUAGAGAGAAAUUGUUACCAUUGAUCAUGCAAUAUGUAGACGAUCCUUAUUUGUUUCAUGAAUUGAAUGAAAUGAUUGUCGAGACACAUGUCUUGCCCUCAAAGAGACGUGAAAACAAUACAAUCCUCAAAGAGAUUGCAUCGUUGAUUGGAAAGUCACUGAAACUGUACAACGGAGCCAUAUCAUUUAUCAGACAACUGUUUACCGAGCUCGAGAAUGUCGCAGCACUGUGCACCCUUCGUGCAGACCUGUUGAUGUUGUUCCACGACAAUGGAGUAUCAGAGAUAUACGACCACGACCGUGCACAUAGCAUUGCUUGGUGCGUCGACGCGUGCAUGAGAGAGAAUAUAGUGGAUUUGCGUCGUGUCAAGGAGAUACAAGGAUACUUUCAAGAGAUUGGUAAUCACGGUGGCGUGGUACUGGCCGAUAUUGCAAUGGUGUUUGCUAAUCCGUUUGCAUUACACUGUCUGCUUCGAAACGUGUUGAUGCAGCUCACCGAGGUGGUCAGAAGAAAACAGGUGCCCAAGGAAGACGAAAACAUCAAAUACAUAACAUUCCUAAUGACACUGGCAACACGGUCACAUGAAAUGGUCAGAGAACAGAAAUACAAAAUACCGCAUGUCAAGAAACAGGUAUUUAACAACUUUUAUCCCAUCGUUGCAGCACAGCUAGUCGAUGAUUACAACAGAGAACGUGAGGCUAUUAGACAAGCUUCCAUCCCUCCCCCAACAGCUGCAGACGCACCUCAAGCAUCCGUCUCUGCCAUUCCAGCCUCCACUGGGUCAUCUAUCAUCCUUACAACUACUUCUACAGUAACAACGCCACAACAAAAAUCAGAUAAAAUAGAAUUGGAUGAAGUUGAUGAUGUAGAUCUAAAUUUACCAUCACUAUUUUUGAAUAAUUCUUUAUGUAAAAAAAUUUUAUUUACUUAUAUUAUUAAAAAAGUAUCGGAUAGGGAUACAUUGGUAGUUUAUAAAUAUCUAAGAUUUAUUUCGCAAAAUGAUCACGAUGAAGAAGGAUUGAGUGUAUUAAUAGGAGAGACAUCGUUUAUUCAAUCUUUGGUGACCCAAGUAUUGACAGCCAAGGAUCCAAAAAUAUCAUUUAUCGUAGUAGAAGAAUUUCUUUUAAAAUAUAAACAUAUUCCAUUUAUUUUAAAACAAAUAUUAAGAUAUUUAUUAGAAAGUUAUUCAAGAUUAAAUCAAAGAGAAUUUAGUAUUAUUGUUCAAAGAUUAUUUACAAUUGAUUCACAACAACAAACAUUAUCAAAUUAUACAACGAAAAUGGUAGAUGAAUUGACUUCAAUGACCAAAACAUUUUUGGACAAGGCUGGAACACGUCUAAACGAUCGAAAUGUGCCAUUACUUUUGGAUUUUAUAAAGAUGUUGGCAGCACAAAAACCAUCGUCGCUUACCAUUGUCAUACCACCACCUUCACAUGACAAUGAGGAAGAUGCCGACGAUGACAAUGACUUUGAAUCAUCGAUGGACGUUGACGUGGGUGGUUCUCUAACAAAUUCUAGUUCAAAUGUUGCAUUGGUAUCAAGUCCAACAAACAAAAAUAUACAAAAUAGUCCAACCAAUGUAACUACUCCAAUUAGAGGACCAAGUUUUUUAGAUACCAAUACCAAUACAAAUACCAAUACCAAUACUAGUACCACCAAUACUACUCCCCCAGCAACAUCAACAACAACUACUACAUCAACUACAACCACUAAUACUUCUGCAACAUCUUCUACUCCUCCAGUCUCUUCUUCUUCUUCUUCAUCAUCUUCUUCAUCUUCUUCAUCGUCUACUUCAAAUACAAUAAUCAAUAAUAAUAGUCCAACAGAAGAUAUACUCAACCUAAUUGACUAA